AUGGGGAACGCAGUGAAGAAAACAGGACCUCUGCCAGAGGAAGGAAAAAAGGAGGAUGAGGAGGAGGAAAAGAAUGGUGAACAAGGAGAGGACGAAAACAUUCCCAACGGAUUAUCUGACACGAUUAAGAAGGAUGAAGGAAAGAGACGGUUUAGGAAUGUUAUCAACAUGACAAGGAUUGCAGGUCGAAUGCUGAAGGAACAGGAGGAGCGUGCUAUAGAGAAGGGUAGACAGAACACGUCACUAAAGGAGCCUGAGAGAGAGGAGAUUGUGAUACCCGACUCUAUGUAUAUGUAUCCUCCGGCCAGACCACCAAAAAAAAAGAAAAAGGAUCUAUUUCAUGAAUCCGACUGUAUCUUGGCAGAUGCUGUAGCGAUGCAGGUUGACGCGGAAUCUGCAAAUAGUAUAGACGAGCUUGUGAGGUCAAUCACAGUCAAGCUUAAGACCGACAUGCAGAAGCUGAGGGCACUGUUCAUGUGGCUAGGGGUACAAAGGAUACGACAGCGAACGUACCCCACAACCGUGGAACCGACCACCCCUAUCGGUCAUCUUAAGAGGAUGGCUAUGGGACGAGUGUCGUAUGCCGUCAUGUUCGCUCUCCUGUGCAGAUCGGCAAAGUUGCCCUGCGUUAUUAUUCGGGGAAUAGCUAAAUCGGCUUCUUAUGAGGUUGGAGACAAGAACGUUGAAGAACUUAGGAACAUGUGGAACGCUGUGUACGUGAGUGGAGAGUGGCGGUUUGUGUUCCCCCUGUGGGCCCUAUCAGCAGUUGUUGGCAAGACAACCGGGGAUUGGACACUUGUGGAAUCCAAAGGUGACCCCUUGCGUGAACGACAAGACGAAUCCACGGGAGAGAAUGUUAGUCAGGUCGACGAUUAUUAUUUCCUCAUUGACCCUGAAGAGUUCUGCUACACCUGUCUUCCGGAUGAGGAAAGGUGGCAGCUUCUUAAGGAACCAAUAUCCAAGAAGAAAUUUAUUCGUGUUCCUUAUUUAUGGCCACCAUAUUUUCAAUACGGACUGCAUAUAUCGACAAAGUUUGAUUCUAUUAUCAAAACAGUGAAAGGAAAAUGUAACAUAGCUAUCAAGCCAGGACCACAGUUCAUUCCCCUGUCCUACGAACUCUUUUAUAAUCACAAGGAAUCAGAUCGAGAUAUUUCUGAUGAUAUUCAAUUAGAGAGAUAUGUGGCCAUAAUGAAUGAGGCAGACAAAACAAACUUUGUGUUGCGACUGCCAGUCGACGGUGUAUAUAAACUAGAGGUUGUAGAUGAAGCAAAAGACUGGAUUUGCUUUUUCAAGAUUUUUUGUGAUGAAGACAUAGAGCCAUGGGACCCUUUCCCUAUAAACUCCACGAUAGGAUUCGGACCAUGUAAAGAGACGGAGAACGCUGGACUGAGGGUGGAAACACUGGCGUACAGAAACGGCAUCAUAAAUAUGACAAAGAAACAGCACAUUCAGAUCAAGUUCACAAUGUUAAGAAAUCUUCAAAUUCGGACUGAAUUAGUGCACAAUACGAUAUCCCCAACAGAAUUAGCGGACCAUAUCUCAAACAAAGUUCUUGACAACCAAGUCACAAUACACUUGACUGUUCCUCAAAAUGGGGAGUAUGCACUUCAAGUCUUCACCAGGGACAAGGAAAGGGGAUCAAACGAGGAAUUCCGGAACGCUUGCAACUAUCUAGUUGAAACGGACGUGAAGCCGAGAAAGGAUAAAGGCUGGGAGAAUGCCAGAGAGAAGCUUAUAAGACAGCGACUGGAUGAUUCGACAAGCAAAUCCAGAAACCCAAAGGAGAUCAAGGAGGCUCUCCAAAAAUUCAAUGACCUUGAACUUAUCAACCACGGGGAGGUUGACCGUGCACAGAGACGUAUCGGUUAUUUAGACGUGAAAAAUAAAAUGCGUGAUGGCAUUAAUCGACGCAAUACUGUUGUGUUGGAGAAGGCAUUAAGAGAAGCCAAGGAAUCUGAAUACAGGGACAAGGUAGAGAAUAUGAUACAAGAUGGCGAGGCCCUUCUUAAGCACCUCCAACAGCUCAAAACGUUCGCCCACGACGUCCUAACACUUCAACGUACCACUGUGUCCGAGAUUCAUCGGUAUAACAUACCCAAACAGUCAAUCUAUGACGUCAUGAAGGCAACUUUCCUGGUCCUUGGCGAGAGGGAGGAAACUUUAAAUGAGUGGGAAACAAUUCAGGAUUUACUGCGGAAGACUGGAAGAGAAAAUGUUCUAAGGAAAAUAGGAGAAUAUGACACUAUCUACCUGGAGACGGAGACAGCCCAGCGAGCGGCCGACAUCAUCUCUCAGUACGACAAGUCCAAUCUCGUGGAGGCAAGCGCAGCCGCCGGCGCUUUCUACGUCUGGGUUUAUAACAUCACAAAAGAGGUACUGAAGUGGACGGGAUACUAUGAUGGAGGUGAACAGAAACAAAAUCAAGAAAAACUUUUAAACGGGUCAAUCAGUCAGCCACGCACUUACUGAACCCUUGAACAUGGUAAACCCGUUUAUCAGUCAAAAGAGCCAAAUUCACAAAUGGCAAUGGCGAACAGAACUAUUCUGUAAAUUUCAGACUUCUCUCAAAUGAUUUUCAGGUGAUAGUCGAAUGGGUUUAUCUACUGUACGGAAGCAUUAUCUCAGGGGAGCCGCGAUAACACGGUCACAAGAACCAAAGGGCGAUAACUCGUACAUUAGAUCCAGUAACCUUAGCUCACUUUACAGAUGAACACCUCGGAUUUUGAUAGGUGUGUAAUAUAUGUAAGGAAUCAUUUACUCCCAAACGUAUUAGCGGAAAACAAAGAUGUUGUUUUAAACAAAUCUUUAUCAUUCAUAUAAAAACAUUUCAAAAAGCAUUUAAAACAUUAAAAUGUGAAUACAUACAGCAUGAAGUUGUCAUGGUUACAGGGUCAUCACGCUCGGAGAGAUAUUCCGUGAUCAGGGGCCAUUAAUCAUCUUGAUAAAUAUUGAAACCGAAAUUAAAAGACAUAUCUAUAGAAACUAUCAAUGAUUACUACUGAUGAAAGCCCUAUUUAAACUUCCCCAAAUACUAUCAUUCCAUGAUUUAGUUUUUAGUUUUUAAGUAACUGUAUAGUACGGGUGUAGAGAAUUGUUAUCUCCCAAUCGAGGGACCACUGUGAGAUAUUGACCCCUCUGUCUAAAGCAACUGUGGUUAUAGUAGAAAAAGCAGUUGAUGGAAAUAUGAUAUUAAAAUAUAGUAUUACAGUCGUCGAUGAAACUAGAUGAAGGGAAACACGCAGUUAAUUUGUGUCUAUUCACAUGGUCAGGAUCUGGACGUUAAUGUCGGACAUAUCUAACGGACUAGGAAAUUAUACACAAGUUGGAAUGAGUAUAUAUAUAUAGGUAUAUGUAAACAUAAAUGACACAACAAGGCAAUUCCGGUUGAAUAUCGCUAACGUUUUCAAGCCGUGUAUCGGCUAUCUUCAGGCGAUUACUUUUUAAUGCUUAGUAACAACAUUAUGACGUAAUACAAUCAAUAACAUAAUGGGGAGGUAAUAAUAUUACGUUACUGUAUUUUAAGGUGUAACGACACCAAUUUCUAACCAUUGAGUGCCGGUUUGAAAAGUUUAACAAACAUUUCUUCCUUGCAUAUUCACUUUGUAGCAUUACACUCGGGCAUCUUGUGAAAUGGAUAUACACGAAAUAAUCCUUUUCCACAAAUAUCCAGAUGUUCACUUAGCGGAAUUUUACGUGUUUCGGGCAUAUGUACAGGUAUUAUAUAUAUGUAUGGAGUGUAGAUUGUAUCAAGAUGAAUAGAACAACAAUGAAAGACACGGCAUAAAUGACACCACACAGUACAGCGCACUGUCACCUGAUCUUCCGUUGUCAUGGGAACUUAUGUUGAUUACAUAGCUAUAAUAUUAUCAGCACCAUUGCAUUCAUUGUAUGAUUACCCUAAACAGUUGCGAGGAUGUCAAAACUGAAAAUCAUUGUGUCAUACAUCCCAUUGUUUAAAUAUAUGACUUAGAAAUAAAGAUUAUACGGACGUGAAUAUGAUUGUGGAGAUGUGAAAGAGAAGGUAGAAUAUUUUUCAUCAUUUUAAUGCUUGUGUAAACUUGUAGAAUAAUAUGUU